AUGCUCCUCCAAACCCUCACCAACACGCUCACAACACUAAAGGGACUCUUUGCGGGUGCAGUCGUCAAUGGCAGUAUCAAUCCCUACCUCGAAUCCUUCGCAACAUCCGGCUACCGCAUCCAAUCCCAAACACUCGGCAUCCCCGACAAAUACGGCAUCUUCCAGACCGGCCCACCGCGUAGCCAGGUCCUCCAAGCACAGCAGGUCAUGGGCCUCAUUUAUGGGUGUUGCUUCUCUAUCUUUCUCAAUGUGUAUUGCGCCAGUUUCGCCAUAUUUUAUAAUCAUUUACCCUGGAAAGAUGUAGUGGAGUGUGUUGCGGGCUUGACGCUGUGUGAAUUGGGAUUGCUUGGGUCGCUGUAUUGGGCGAUGUUGAAUGAUUUUACACGUGCGCCGGGGUAUGAAUGGCCGGAUUGGAAGGAUCAUACGGAGUGA